UGUGGGUAUUUUGCAAGAUUUUUCCACUUUUGAAGUUUCCCACUGACUUCACAGACAAAGCAAAGAUGUGUUCAAGCCACAGUGGAGUCCUGCUUAGCAUCCUUUGCCUUUGUGCAAUCAGUUGCACAGAGGUCUUUGGAUUGUCUUCAGUAAUCAGUGUGAGAAAUGGAGGCCCAUGGGGCGAGUGGGAGUAUCGUGAAAAUUGUCCUAAAGGAUGGAUUGCCUAUGGAUAUGCUUUGAAGGUAGAUGACUCCCACGGAAGUGGAGAUGAUACAGGACUGAAUGGAAUACGGCUGUUCUGUAAGGCAUCAGUAGUAUCUACUGAGACACAUCGUAUUGAAUCGGAGAGUGGCCAGUGGGGCACAUGGAAAAACCCAACGUGGUGCCGGAAUAGUUUUCUCAAAGCAUUCAUAUUGAAAGUGCAGCCUCCUCGGGUGAAUGGUGAUGAUACUGCAGCCACCGACAUCAAGUUUAUAUGCGCUGAUGACACAAUAGCAAAAAAUGAACCGGUCAUGGCAAGCUGGGGAGAUAAAAGUGGUGACUGUGAAAAGGGCAUCUCUGGCAUUCAGACAAAGGUGCAGCCACCACAAGGAGAUGGAGAUGACACGGCUCUGAAUGACGUCCGUUUUUUCUGCCGUUAAAUUCUGAGUCUGCACAGAACACCUUAGUGGCUUGUUGAGAAGGGACUUUAAUAUUUACAUGAUAGAGAUAUUUAAACUAAUAUAAUGCUUUAUGGGUUAAUAGGGUAAACAUGUUUAACCAUUUUUUGUGGUAAAUAUCCUAGUUACUAUAAUGAUUAAAUAAGAACCUUACAUCAUUAAUGUUAUUAAAGGAAUAGAUUCAAUAUUUUUCAAGUCAAAGUUAUUUCUUUACAAACAUACUAUAUAUGCAUUUGUCAUGUGAAACUGUGUUCUAAACUUAAACACUUUCUCUAAAUUUAAAUAAAAUAUCUUGCCUGCACUAGGGCUUUACAUUGGGUGCUAUGGGGUACGGAGGAAAAACACCAUGCCCGAUACCCUCCAUUGUAAAGCACCAGUGUAUAUAAGAUAUUGUUUUAAUUUAUAAGAAGUAUUUCACUUUAGAACACAAUUGUAUGUGACAAUAAAUAUAUAUUAUGUUUUUGAAUAAUUAACCUUGACUUGAAAAAUAUAAACUAUCCUUUAAAGCAAAAUGCAAUGCAACAAAUGAUCUGUUUAAAUGCUUAAUAAAGUAUUCUGUGGGCCCUUCUCCAUCCCUACUAAUGGUUGACUUCCUUCAAUCAGACAUAAAAUGUAAAAGAGUAUAAAUAAGAACAUUGUACUUAAACAUUAUGUUUCGUAGCAGACAAUAUUAAAUCUUAAACUUAUCUGAAUUUCAUUGUCAAAAAUAAAUUCAUUCCUUAG